AAAGGAGAAAAAAAAAAAAAAAAUUAAAAAAAAAUUAAAAUAAAAAACCCACCUUGAAAAGAAAAAGAAAAGAAAAGAAAAAAACACUGGUCUUAUUUUCUUUUACUGCUUCACAAUUUGUGGGGUGUCUUCAUAUCAUUGCUCUCUCACUUUUGUCUGCAAAAGUUAGGGUCUUUUGAAUUAGUGUUUGCACAUUCCAGCUUGUCAAGAUUUAUCAUUAGGGUUUUACAAGGCUGAAUGGUUCUUUAGGGAGGGGUGUGUUUGGAUGGCGAGAAAGUGAGGGAAAAUGUGGUUGGUGCAAGUGUGGGAGCGUGAUGAUGGAGGAGGAGGAGUAAAUGAGAUGUUUUGAGACAUGGGGUGUGUGUUUGGGAAAGAGUCAUCGGCGGAGGAGAGGAGAGAGGAAGUGAGAGAAGGAAAAGCAGAGGUUGGUGGAGGAGAGAUUCAGAAUGAGAAGGAAGGUGGAGGAGAAGAGAAGAGGACAAGGCCAAGGGGAGAGAGGAGGAGAUCUUCUAAGCCGAAUCCGAGGUUGAGCAAUCCACCUAACAAUGUUCAUGGUGAGCAGGUAGCUGCAGGGUGGCCAUCUUGGCUCUCCAAGGUUGCUGGGGAAGCUAUCAAUGGAUUGACCCCUAGAAGGGCUGAUACUUUUGAGAAACUUGAUAAGAUUGGGCAAGGUACAUACAGCAAUGUUUACAAAGCUAGGGAUAUGUUAACGGGGAAAAUUGUUGCCUUAAAGAAGGUCCGUUUUGACAAUUUAGAGCCCGAGAGUGUGAAGUUUAUGGCCAGAGAGAUUCUGAUUCUGCGUCGUCUGGAUCAUCCCAAUGUUGUCAAACUGGAAGGCUUAGUGACUUCUAGAAUGUCAUGCAGUUUAUAUCUUGUGUUUGAAUACAUGGUGCAUGAUCUGGCUGGACUGGCUACAAACCCAGCAAUUAAGUUCACAGAGCCUCAGGUAAAAUGUUACAUGCAUCAGCUAUUUUCUGGGCUUGAACAUUGUCACAACCGUCAUGUGCUGCAUCGUGAUAUAAAGGGGUCAAACCUUCUUAUUGACAAUGAAGGAAUCCUUAAGAUUGCUGAUUUUGGAUUAGCGUCCUUCUUUGAUCCUGAUCACAAGCACCCUAUGACUAGUAGAGUGGUGACUUUAUGGUAUCGACCUCCAGAACUUCUUCUUGGGGCCACUGACUAUGGUGUAGGAGUGGACCUCUGGAGUGCUGGCUGCAUUCUUGCAGAAUUAUUGGCUGGAAAGCCUAUUAUGCCUGGUCGAACGGAGGUGGAGCAGCUACAUAAGAUAUUUAAGCUAUGUGGUUCCCCUUCUGAAGAAUAUUGGAAAAAGUCAAAGUUGCCACAUGCUACUAUUUUUAAGCCCCAACAGUCAUACAAGCGAUGCAUAGCAGACACUUUUAAAGAUUUUCCACCAUCAUCCCUGCCGCUAAUUGAGACCCUUCUCUCAAUCGAUCCGGCUGAACGGCUGACUGCCACUGCUGCAUUGCAUAGUGAAUUCUUUACAACAAAACCGUAUGCUUGUGAGCCCUCUAGCCUUCCAAAAUAUCCUCCGAGCAAGGAGAUGGAUGCGAAGCUACGGGAUGAAGAGGCUAGAAGAUUGAGAGCAGCUGGCAAAGCUAAUGCUGAUGGUGUCAAGAAAUCUCGUCAACGUGAGCGCAUUGGGAGGGGAAUUCCAGUUCCAGAGGCCAAUGCUGAACUGCAAGCAAAUAUUGAUAGACGGCGACUGAUCACACAUGCAAAUGCUAAGAGCAAGAGUGAGAAGUUUCCUCCUCCCCACCAAGAUGGAACUCUAGGCUAUCCUUUGGGUUCUUCACAUCACAUGGAUCCAGCUUUUGAUCCUCCUGAUGUUCCAUUCAGUUCCACAAACUUCUCACAACCUAAAGCAAAUAUUCAAACCUGGUCUGGCCCAUUGGUAGAUCCUGCUGGUGUGGCUGUACCAAGGAGAAGAAGAAACAUGGCAGGUGAUGGGUAUAUACAAUCAAAGUCAUCAAAGGAGGACUCAAAAAGAUAAGAAUGUGUCAUUUGACAAAGAAAUAUUCUUGUAGUAUAACACCAAAUCAUUAUUUUUAGAAGUAUUAAAGCCAUUGGUUUUGGAGGUAAAAGAUAUUUUAUUUCCUGCUCCCAUCUCUUUCUCAAUGAUCAGAGGUUUA